CACCUAACAUGGCUAAUCCAGCUCUGGAAACUAGAGACAGCUUAACUGAAUCAGAAGAGGGGGAUCAGACACCUGAAGAGAGAGAGCGGAGAUGGGAUACUAAAAGGGGGUGUGUCAAGCAGCAUGUGUGUGUGUCCAUGCGAAAAGUAGAGAGAUGGGUAUGUGUGUGUGUGUGUUAGAGAGAGAGAGAGAGAGAGAGAGAGCACACUAAAACACACAGGCACGCGCAAGCACAGACAGAAUCAAAUCUUUCCGCAGCAGGACGGCAGGGUGAAGGAUUACUCCUAUUUAAGACUCUUCAUCCAUGCUUCCCGUGAACCUGCGCAGGAUGUGAAAUGCAGACAGCCUGGUGACAUUGUGAAGUGUAACAUCUUCAGAGGAGUGUCAGCAUGACCCCUCACAGUGAAGCUCUACUGCUGGUCUUCAGUUUCUCACUGUGUUGUAGUUUGUAUGCUGCAUCUUUAAAUAGAAAUGAAAGAGCUUGGGCCAGCACUGACCCAGAACCAGCUAGCAGCUCACUGUGGACGUUCCUACCGAGACAAAUGGACAAGACUACUCCAGCUAUUCUCAGUUUAUCCCCAAAUGUACUACAUUCAGAGGUGACUAGCAGAGACCUUGAGGUAGAACUUUCAGCUGAACAAAACCCCUAUGUCACAAUGGAGGAUCAUUUGUCAAGACUUCCAGCCACAAGAACACCAUGGAUCAAAUCUUUGAGUUCCACUGAGACUGAAAUUCCUUCAGACAUCCAGAACGAUGAAGAAGGACCUCAAACGGAAGCAUCUGAUUGGCCAAAUUUUAGUAAGCAAGGAAAUACUGACCAAUCAUUUAAAUCUUCUCAGGCCUGGAGUACAGAGUCAAAGACACCUAUUGCUUGGAAUACAGAGACAAAGACACCUAAGACUCAUGCUGAAACAAGAUUUCGCACCUACCAGACACUGUGGAAGUCAUCUAGUGCUACCCAAACACCAUAUGCCAGAGGAACUUUAGAUGGUACCACUUUGCCAAGAGGGCUGAUAGACUAUCGGUGGCCAUCUGAGGAAACAAAGGAUUUGACAGAUGCUCCUACAGAUAGUCUGACAAAGCUGACACUCAAUAUGACAAGAGCUGACCCUGAAAGAGAGGAGCGUGAGGGUCUUGACCAAAUGAAAAAGGAACAAAAUGGCCAAUCUACCACCACUGUGAUCAAGGUCACUGGAACCUAUCCUGAAGCAGCAUCUCCAGGUGGGGACUGGCGUGAGUCUUCCACACUUCCGGACUGCAACCUGGUUGGUACUGGGAUCUGUCAGUCACCUGACUCUUCGAAGAAUCAUGCUUCUACUAACAACACUCUGUCCACUCCACCUCCUGUUUAUGAAACCACACCCCCUGGUGUGAUAACCCCACCCCUUGAAGCCCUGACUCCACCUCUGUUAGUCCCUCUACUGACUGACUGGAAUGCCGCCAUGGCCACAUGGGGCCUGGCAUGGGAAUUGCAGGUAUACGGGCUCGGCUGUGUGUUCUCGCUUGUGGCUGUGCUGUCUAUGCUCAGCCUGAUGUGUUUGCCAUUGCGGUGGCCCUCUGGUUGUGCCCACUUUAGCCUCCUCCACCUUCUCCAGUUACUGACAGGUUCCAGCCGGGCUCUGUGGCUCCUCUACGAUCCAUACGGCCAAAAAGAGCGUCUUCCCGUAGUCUGGGCACGACUGCUACACGAAGCUGCCUAUCCCUGUCUUACGGCAUCAUUUGGCCUGCUGCUGCUACUGCUAACUGCUCGCUCUUGUACCCAGCUACUUUCCCAGAACACCCUGCAGCGCAGCACCUGCCUGUUGGCCGCCCUAGUACUGCUGCACGUAGCGAUAGUGAUGGCUUCCAUGGCAAUACUGCAACUUUUUCCCACCCUGCAAGUUGUGCCUCUAAUACCGCCUGCAGCCUUCGUCUUAAUGUCCUCUCUCCUGUCAUUCACGUACCUGCUUCUCUACUGCUGUGCCCGGCCAAACGUCAAGCACAUUUACCGGCUGAACGAGAGCUCUCCUGAGCGGCCAUCGUGCCAUGCCAGCAGGUGUCCAUUCACAGAGGCACAGAUGUGGGAAAGGGCGGCCAGGGCUGGGGUGUUCUCUGCCCUCUUUCUCUUAGCAUGUGGCAGUCUCCGACUCUAUGCCAUACUCACCGCUGGAGGGCUGACCGGUGGGGUCAUGGUUGGCCUGAUGCCCUGGCCCUGGUGGGGAUUCCAGCUCAGCUGCCGAGUUUGUGAAACAGGGGUAUGUCUCACCCUCGCUCUUGUAAUCACUCACCCCCUUCUCUGUUGUGGAGUGCCCCCUUCCAAACCUGGUGCCUGCAGCUGGUUCUUCAAAAAGCCACCUACAGAAGGAACCACAUUGGGAAAACCCACCAUCUUCUCAAAUCGGUGUGGCUGGUCACUACGGCCCACCGAGAAGCUGGGGUUGUGUGAGGGAAUAGUACGGCGGGAAAGCGAAAGUGUGCCGCUCUACACCUUGGUGGAGCUUCCGCACAGUGAAUCUGAUGGUUUGGACCUCCACUAUCCCAGCAGCCCUCAGCACGAGUCUUCCACACAGCUCUCCCAAAUCGCAAAGAAGAGCAAAGGAUCCCAUGCAUCCUCCUUUGCCAGCUUGGAUGCCGACUCCACGGCAGAUCUGCGCCCCCCUUCGCCCAUCGACCUGCGACGAAGCAUCGACGAGGCCUUGAACAGCGAAGCUCUGUUCCAGCAUAGCUUGUUCGGCUCGUCUAGGCUCUCUCUUAGCACGCGCGGACCCCCGGAUGGACAACCCUGUUGGGGAAACUCCACCGAACCCAGCCUGUACCGCACUGCCUCCUGUGGGGAUGUGGACCCCGCUACUGUACCCAACCGACCCAGGCAAUGGAGCACUAUAUCUGGGAGACCAGCUCAGGUCUCGGUCCAUUGCAGUGGGUUAAACUCAGCACAACAGUCUCAGAAUAGUCUACACAGGGGCUCACAGUCUGGGCAGCGACUCCACAGACGGUACACAGCCUUGGGUUCUACGUCCUCCAGAGGGAGCGUGGAUGUGGAGACAACGUCUCAUGUUGAUGAGCUAGCUGUUCAGGCUGAAUUCAUCAACGUCUGCAGGCAGAUAGAUGCACUCAGUAUCAGUAGUGAUACGAUUGAUCUUUAGGGGAAGAAAUCUCUGAAACAACUAACCUAACACCCACAGUAAUUUCAGCCCUAGCUACUCCAAUUUACAGAACUUUUCUUAAGAUAUAUGUAGAGAGGAAUUUGCUGUUGAAGCAUUCUGCUUCAGUGGAAAGAAAUGUUUUGUUUUAGAAGGAGACAUGACAAGGACAAAAUGGCAAACAGCAACCUCUGAAAAAUUGAUGUUCUUUAUCAACUGUGAGAAAUUCCCUAAAACCCCAUUCCUGUUUUUAACAAAUCACAUAUAAUCUUGAUGAAAAUACUCGACUUGAUCAAAAGACUUUAAAAGAAUCAAGACAAAUUUUAAAAAAGAACAUGAGGCUUUUGUAUACCUUUCAGCAAUAAAGCUAGCACUUGCGAACA